UGGCCAGGCAGCGAUUCCAUCAACCUUGACGGGGUCCAUAGAUAUAUUGUCCGCGGAGAUAAUAAAUCCGAGGUAUUCAACCGUGUCUGUUUCGAAAGUGCACUUGGAGGGUUUCAGGAACAAGUCAUUGUCCAAGAGUAUUUGCAUGACUUGGGUCGUCACGCGUCGGUGUUCUUCGAUGGUUUUCGUGAAUACCAAAAUGUCAUCCAUAUAGACUGCCAGGACUUGUGCCACAAUGAGGUCAUGGAAAAUGAUGUUCAUCAUUGUUUGGAAAGUGGCGGGUGA